CAGUUACAUUUAUAUAAAUAUUUGUGUGUAGCUACACAGAUCUCCCCCUCUCUCUCUCUCUUGAAUUGUUGAUCACCAGCAAGGCAAGAUUGAAGAACAAUAAAUGGGAAUUGGGAAUAAUAAAAAUGAAGUAAGCAUUCACGAGCAAAAAAGCAUUUUCUUGCCCAUGUUUUGCCGCUUAUCCAUCAAAGACGUCAAGCUCAACACAAUUCCCAUCUCCGCCGAGCCCACCUCCCCGAGAGUCAGCUGCAUUGGCCAAGUCAAGCGCAACAGCCGCGUCACCGGCUACCCCUCUGCCGCCCACAAACACUCCACCAAGCCCAGAAAAAACUCACACUUCUCCACCAAAACCCUUCUCCCCCGGAAAAGUGGGAGCAGAAGCUGCCGGAGAGAUUCGACAAGAGCGGUGGGGAAGGAAGAAUUAUGCGCUACUGUUAAGGCGGAGUUGGACAUUAGCAAGAUGGAUCCGCCGCUACCGGUGGUCAAGACGGCGGCGGCGGCGGUGGAGGUGAAUUUGUGGAGGAGGAGAUUUGAUGGGGUGAAAAGCAUGCAUAUUCAGCCCAUUCAUUUGCCGACCAAGAAGUUUCAACCGCCGCCGCCGAUCACAGUAUGAUAUUAUAUGUUCACACUCACAAUAUUCACACAAUCUCAUUUCAAUCUUUUACUAUAUGCUAUACUUUUAAUUUAGAAUAUACUACAUUGCUACUAUACAAUUGAUCAAUGUAUAAUGGAUCCAAUAAUUCAGUUUGGAGAUUUUCAUGUAAAUUACUUCAUAAUACUACUACAAGAUUUUCUUUUCUUUAAUUCUUUUUUCUAGCUUUUUUUAACAGACCGGUUUUUGACAGCGAUAGUCGGGGUUUCAUGUUUGGGUUCAAAUUAAGGUUGUCCCACAUUUUGUACAA